AUGAGAGAUCUUAUUGGUCCACAUGAUCUUGGUAAAAUAUUGUGUAACCCGCCUUGGAGGGUAAUAAAUUUCUCAGAGGGGAAUAAGUCCCUUAUACACGGCCUCAUGCAAUACAGGCUGCACAUGGAUUCUGAGAGACAGAAUAAGUCCCUUAUACCCGGCCUCGUGCAAUACAGGCUGCACAUGGAUUCUGAGAGACAGAAUAAAUCCCUUAUAUCCGGCCUCGUGCAAUACAGGCUGCACACGGAUUCUGAGAGACAGAAUAACUCCCUUAUACCCGGCCUCGUGCAAUACAGGCUGCACACGGAUUCUGAGAGACAGAAUAAGUCCCUUAUACCUGGCCUCGUGCAAUACAGGCUGCACAUGGAUUCUGAGAGACAGAAUAAGUCCCUUAUACCCGGCCUCGUGCAAUACAGGCUGCACAUGGAUUCUGAGAGACAGAAUAAAUCCCUUAUACCUGGCCUCGUGCAAUACAGGCUGCACACGGAUUCUGAGAGACAGAAUAAAUCCCUUAUACCUGGCCUCGUGCAAUACAGGCUGCACACGGAUUCUGAGAGACAGAAUAAAUCCCUUAUACCUGGCCUCGUGCAAUACAGGCUGCACACGGAUUCUGAGAGACAGAAUAAAUCCCUUAUACCUGGCCUCGUGCAAUACAGGCUGCACACGGAUUCUGAGAGACAGAAUAAAUCCCUUAUAUCCGGCCUCGUGCAGUACAGGCUGCACACGGAUUCUGAGAGACAGAAUAAAUCCCUUAUACCUGGCCUCGUGCAAUACAGGCUGCACAUGGAUUCUGAGAGACAGAAUAAAUCCCUUAUAUCCGGCCUCGUGCAAUACAGGCUGCACAUGGAUUCUGAGAGACAGAAUAAAUCCCUUAUAUCCGGCCUCGUGCAAUACAGGCUGCACAUGGAUUCUGAGAGACAGAAUAAAUCCCUUAUAUCCGGCCUCGUGCAGUACAGGCUGCACACGGAUUCUGAGAGACAGAAUAAAUCCCUUAUACCCGGCCUCGUGCAAUACAGGCUGCACACGGAUUCUGAGAGACAGAAUAAAUGCCUUAUACCCCGCUUUAAAGCAAAAACCUACAUGCUUUUUCCGAGUCAAUGGAAGAUAAAUUUCUUGUAGCAGGAUCAUUUGGCGUACAUGGGGUUUUAUGAGUCCUUGUUAGGUUUUAUAACCUCACUUCCGCCUGGUGGUAUAAAACCCCAUGUACCUGUCGUGAUCCUGCUACAACUUAUAUUGUGCUUCAUGUGUGGCAGUUCUUCUGGACUCAGGGUCGGAGGUGGACUGAUGAUGGUUUACAGUGCAAGACUGACCCACCCUGAGCACAAUCUACACAUUUGUUUUUUGAAGAUGAUAUUAUUUAUACACAAUCUUUUUAAUUGCAUGACACUAAUAGAAGCAUAAUCUAUUUAUCAUUGUUUGUUGUUGCUGUUACUUGUUGCUUCCAAAGUUUCCUCAAAUGUUGCUUCCACUGUUGCUUGCAAGAGCAGCUGAAAAUGAUAAGAGACGUCAUGACAUAUUUUUACAAUUUUUGUUAUAAGUUUUACAAUAUGUAGGAAUACAAGUGAUACCCUGUUUUGUACAUUUUGUUGGAUGUAUUUGAACUGUUCAUAUUUUAAUACAGAGCCUCAAGGUAUCACCUGGCCAAACUGGUCAUGUGGCCAAUGUUUCCAUGUUUCCUGGGAAACAGAAAACUUCAGUGUUGUAGUACUGUUUUAACAAUAUUUUCAUUCUUAUUGAAAUAAUCAAAUUAAGAACAAUCGUACUGAUGGAAAGACAUAAGGGAAUGGACAUUUCUCCGAAAAAAAUAACCUUGGGUCAUCUGCUAGGUCACCUAAAACAUUGGACCCCAGGUUAUCUCCUGGGACACCAAAAACCUCAGGUCAUCUCCUGGGACACCAAAAACCUCAGGUCAUCUCCACGGACACCAAAAACCUCAGGUCAUCUCCUGGGACACCAAAAACCUCAGGUCAUCUCCUGGGACACCAGAAACCUCAGGUCAUCUCCUGGGUCACCAAAAACCUGAGGUCAUCUCCUGGGACACCAAAAACCUCAGGUCAUCUCCACGGACACCAAAAACCUCAGGUCAUCUCCUGGGACACCAAAAACCUCAGGUCAUCUCCUGGGUCACCAAAAACCUUAGGUCAUCUCCUGGGACACCCAAAACCUCAGGUCAUCUCCACGGACACCAAAAACCUCAGGUCAUCUCCACGGACACCAAAAACCUCAGGUCAUCUCCUGUGUCACCAAAACCUCAGAUCAUCUCCUGGGUCACCAAAAACCUGAGGUCAUCUCCUGGGUCACCAAAAACCUGAGGUCAUCUCCUGGGACACCAAAAACCUCAGGUCAUCUCCUGGGACACCAAAAACCUCAGGUCAUCUCCUGGGACACCAAAAACCUCAGGUCAUCUCCUUGGACAAAAAGACCUCAGGUCAUCUCCUGGGACACAGUCCCCAUGGGUCAAAAACAUUUUGUUCCUACCAGUUCCCUUAAUUCUUUCCAUCAGUAUACCUUCUGCUGACAAUAAAUGUUGAUAUCGAGCAUGACAGGCAAGCAUAUUGCCGGCAGCAUUAACUGACUCACCUUUUGUAUGCAAUUGCCCUGUGAAUCAUCUCAAGCUAUGUUAGCUUAUAAUACCCAACAGUUGCCUUGUUUAUAUAUGUUUGUAAGAUCCAGUCAUGAAGUAUAACCAGUGCUAUAUAUUGUUGUAUUUUCCGAAUUAUAUUGUAGCCAUAAUUAAUCACUGGGUCACUGCCAUAAUCACUUACUGGUACUGUCAAAUAUUAACUGUGAAGGAUGUUAGCAAUAUUCAUAACAAUAUCCUUGUCUUGGGAUAAGAUCAUGUGAGAGAUUAUGGCAAUAAGGGUGCAUGAGGAAUGGACGGGGUAGGAUAUUAUUUUUGUUAUUAUUCCUGUGAGAAUAAACAUAUUGGCAAUA